AUGAAUAUAACUAGGUCCAUUUUUGCUACGCAUAACUAUGGGGUUAUCUCUAAAAGAUGUUUUUCUGUAUCUUUCAGAAAUUUCAAUCCAACUGUGCCAUCUUAUAAAAUCGCCAUAGUUGGAACUGGUCCAGCCGGUUUUUAUACUGCCCAUCAUUUACUUCACAAGGCAGCGCCACUGGAACAGUUCAAAUUGAAGAUUGACUUUUUUGAACGUCUACCAGCACCAUAUGGAUUAAGUAGAUAUGGUGUUGCUCCUGAUCACCCGGAAGUGAAGAAUUGCGAGAAUUAUCUUAAUAAUAUAAUGGAAGACUAUCCUCCUGAAAAGGAUAGUAAUAGAGAAAGUAAUAAUCAUGAAGUUAGAUUCUUUGGUAACAUUAAUAUCGGCAAAGACAUUACGCUUACUGACCUAGAAUCCAAUUAUCAUUCAAUUAUAUUGUCAUACGGCUGUACUUCGGAUGAUAAUCAGUUGGAUAUACCUGGUUCUCAACUCCCUGGUGUUAUUUCGGCUCGUGAAUUUGUUCACUGGUAUAAUGGACAUCCUGACUAUCAUUCUGUAGGUGCUCAGUUUACACCACCGCAAUUGGAUAAGAUUGAGGAUGUUACAAUUAUUGGAAAUGGGAAUGUUGCAUUGGAUGUAGCUAGGAUAUUGUUGGCAGAACCAGAAAAACAUUGGUCUUCAACUGAUAUAUCUAAGGAAGCUUUAGACUCGUUGUUCAGAAGUAACGUUAAGAAUGUUAAUAUUGUUGCAAGACGUGGGAUACUUGAAUCUGCAUUUUCCAAUAAAGAAAUUAGAGAAUUACUAGAGUUAUCCAAGGAUCAAAAGGUGAGAUUUUUACCAAUUGAAAAUACCGUUAUGGAGAGUAUUCAACCCAUGGUUAAAGGUUUAGGAAGAAUUGAUAAAAGGCGUGUAGGAUUGUUAGAGAAAUACUCUAAGCAGUCACCUGAAGUGGAUAAUUCAAUGAAGACUUGGUCGUUGCAAUACUUGAGAACUCCAAUUGAAUUCAAAAUAAAUGAAAAUUCUCCUGACUUACUUUCCACAACCACAUUUCAAAAAAAUGAAUUAAUUCAUGACCUGUUGACCAAUAAAAUUCAAAUUAAACCUAUCGAUGGAGAAAUUGAAUCUAUAAAAAAUGAAUUAGUUAUUAUGUCCAUAGGCUAUAAAGGAUCACCUCUUGUUGGAUUCGAAGAAGCUGAAAUUUCUUUUGAUACCCAUCGUAAUAGGUUAUUGAAUAAAGAAGGACGUAUUCUAUCAACUUCAGCAUCUGGAGAAGAACUGCAUAAUUUAGUCUAUAAAAGAGGAUGGUAUACUUCAGGAUGGAUUAAAAAUGGACCUAAGGGUGUUAUUGCUACUACAAUGAUGGAAUCAUUCGAAACUGCAGACAAUGUUUUAGAAGAUUUAUCAAACACUAUUCAUACUAAUCCAUCAUCUGACUCUACUGUAUUAGAAGAAAAGUUAAAAACUAUACCAGCUAUAAGCUGGGAAAGUUGGUUAAAAUUAGAGCAAGUGGAAUUGAAGAAAGGUUCUGAAUUAGGGAAAUCAAGGGAUAAGCUUUCUAAUACCGCCGAAAUGCUCAAAAUUGCUUGUAAAUAG